AUGCAGCAAACCUCGCCCUCCCAGGAGACACAGAACCUCCUCGCGCGCUUGUCCCAGCGACCCGGCGUCCAGAGCACCCUCAUCCUCUCCCGCGACACGGGAGCCAUCGUCCGCUCGUCUGGCUUGGUCACGGCAGAGGAUAUCAGCGAAGAGGGCGCAGCUGCUGUGCCUACAAACGGGACAUACGUGAAUGGUACGAGUGACGAGGUCAAAACGAAAGGCACUAGAAAUGCCGAGGAGGUUGCACGGCUGGUGUACGAUUUCGUCAAGAGCGCUGGCAACAUGAUUGAGGAGCUCAAUGGCGAGAACGACGAGUCAAAGCUGCUGCGAGUGAGGACGAAGAAGAACGAGCUGGUUGUCGUGCCUGAUGCCAAGUUCUUGCUAGUUGUCAUUCACAGCACACCACCAGCGUGA